GCAUGCGCACCAGCUGCUCUCCUCUCCUCCGCUGCCUCUCCUUUGACUGGCCGCCAGUGACCUCAGUCUCCGCUGCGGCGCACGGGCUGGACAGGGCGACGAGGCGAAGACAACGCGAUGGCCGGGGUUUUCGGCAAGAUAUUCGUGGGCAUUUACGUGGAGAUAAAGCGAAGCGACGGGCGAAUACACCAGGCGAUGGUCACAUCCCUGCAUGAGGACAACGAGAGCGUGACCGUGGAGUGGAUCGAGAACGGGGACACCAAAGGGAAGGAGAUCGACCUGGAGAGCAUCUUUGCUUUGAACCCAGACGUUGCUCCUGAUGAAGAAAUACCACAGAGUCCCGAGGCUCCUCUUCCUCCAUCCAGCACUACUAAAACCAGCAAAGUCCCCAAGACCCGGCGGAUCACAGCGAUACCAAAGCCCGAAAAUGCUCCACGCGAGAACAGAGCUGCAGCAGUGGGAACCACCCGGGCUCGUCCCAGCCAGCACAGCCAAGCUGCAGAACCACCUCCACCCUCCAUCACGCCGCAGCCUGCAGUAAAAGAGACGCUGCAGCAGCAAAACGCGCGGAAGAAAUCCAACUGUGUGAAGGAAGUGGAGAAACUGCAGGAGCAACGAGAGAAGAGACGUCUCCAGCAGCAAGAGCUCAGAGAGAAGAGGGCUCAGGAGGUUGAUGUUAAUCUGCCCAACUAUGAGAUCAUGUGCAUGAUCAGAGACUUCAGAGCCAGCCUGGACUAUAGACCUUUAACAUCCAACGACGCUAUUGAGGAGCACAGAAUCUGCGUGUGUGUUCGUGCACGUCCUCUUAAUAAAAAAGAGUUAUCAGUGAAGGACCUGGAUGUGAUCACCAUCCCCAGUAAGGACGUGGUAAUGGUCCACGAGCCCAAGCAGAAAGUCGACCUGACCCGCUACCUGGAGAAUCAGACGUUCCGAUUCGAUUAUGCUUUUGACCGGAACUCAACCAAUGAAAUGGUUUACAGGUUCACGGCUCAGCCGCUGGUAGAGACCAUUUUUGAGAGGGGCAUGGCGACCUGCUUUGCCUACGGACAAACAGGAAGUGGAAAAACCCACACAAUGGGAGGGGACUUUUCAGGAAAGAACCAGGACUGCUCGAAGGGAAUCUACGCACUGUCAGCUAGAGAUGUUUUUCUCAUGUUGAAGAAACCCGUUUAUAAGAAGCUGGAUCUGCAAGUUUUUGCCACUUUUUUUGAGAUUUACAGUGGAAAGGUGUUUGACCUGCUAAACCGUAAAGCCAAGUUACGCGUCCUGGAGGACGGGAAGCAGCAGGUGCAGGUGGUAGGGCUGCAGGAGAGGGAGGUGAAAUGCACCGAGGACGUCCUCAAACUCAUCGAGAUGGGAAACAGCUGCAGGACCUCUGGUCAGACCUCGGCCAACGCUCACUCCUCCCGGAGCCACGCCGUCUUCCAGAUCAUCCUGCGGCGGCGGGGGAAGAUGCACGGAAAGUUCUCCCUCAUCGACCUGGCAGGGAAUGAGAGAGGGGCGGACACAUCCAGCGCUGACCGACAGACUCGACUGGAAGGAGCCGAGAUCAACAAGAGUCUGCUGGCACUGAAGGAGUGCAUCCGAGCCCUCGGCAGAAACAAACCCCACACGCCGUUCAGAGCCAGCAAGUUGACCCAAGUCCUGAGAGACUCCUUCAUUGGAGAGAAUUCGAGAACGUGCAUGAUAGCGACCAUUUCUCCUGGGAUGGCCUCCUGCGAAAACACAUUAAAUACUCUGAGAUACGCCAACAGAGUGAAGGAGUUUGGAAUAAGUCCGUCAGACAUCCCCUUCUCCCAGAGCGGCGGCGGAGGAGGCCGCUCUGAGCUCUCGCCUACAUACGAGAUGAAGCAUCUCACCAUGGACCCUGCAGCAGCAUUCGAGUGCCAUCAGGAAGGAAACAUCACCCAGCUGGAGGUCCUGGAGGCUCAGUGGGGAGUAGGGAGCUCUCCACAAAGAGACGACCUAAAGCUGCUCUGUGAACAGAAUGAGGAAGAGGUUUCUCCACAGCUGUUCACCUUCCACGAAGUCGUCUCCCAGUUGGUGGAGAUGGAGGAGCAGGUGCUGGAGGAUCACAGGGCCGUGUUCCAGGAGUCAAUCCGCUGGCUGGAAGACGAGAAGGUGCUUUUAGAAAUGACGGAGGAGGUGGACUACGACGUGGAAUCAUAUGCAACUCAGCUGGAGCAAAUCCUGGAUCAGAAGAUAGACAUUCUGACUGAGCUGAGGGAUAAAGUCAAGUCUUUCCGCUGUGCUCUCCAAGAAGAGGAACAAGCUAGCAAACAAAUAACCCCCAAGAGGCCUCGGGCACUUUAAAGGUACGGCGUGUGGUCCUCCCCGGUCCUCAGACAGGUGGAGGCCUGCCGCCACGAGAUCACUGUACACUACCGAUAAACUCAAAAAAGAUCCGACGCCUCCGCCGUUCAUGCAUUUAAUUCCCCUCCGUUCAUCCGUCCCGUUAAACCAAAGGGCCGACGCGCUCUCUCAUCCUCACUGUUCAGUGUUUCUACAAGGUUUGUACGGAAGGCCGUUUUGGAAUUAAUUGGCACGCUUUCCAGCGUCACCUGGCAGCUAACAAACUGCGUCGGGGAGGAACCUGCCGUUUAUUUAAUAGUCCUUUAAUCCUGGAAAUGUCAAUAGUCAACACCUGGUUUUCAAAAAGGUAAAACGCCACAAGGCAGUUACUUUACACAUGGUGGUGCUUAGCAGACGCCAGGUGGCAUUUAAACUAACUCGACCCUCUGACGGUACCCGGUUUGGUGUUUGUGAAGCACGGCCGCCUGUAGCUAACCUUGCCUGCAAGCUGAGUCCUCGCAGUAUUUGUCAGUCCAAGAUUGAUAAUGUGUAGAACUACAGUGCUACACUUGAUCAAUCCAGCUGGCCAAGUUAGCCUGGAGCCAGGAGGGGCCUAUGGAAUCUUAGCUGUCGUUUAAUAACAGUGUUGUGGCCCUAAAUAAACCACUGGUUGCACUUUUGAUUACAUUUUCUAGUCGCCCGCUGACGCUGGAAAGCAGACUAAUUAAUUCCUUUUUGGCCCUCCUUUGGUCUGUGUGUUUAAGUCACAAGUGCUACGUUCAACAACUAAAUGUGAAUAUGUUUUUCUUUUGAGAGAAUUUUUUAUAUGGUCAUUCAUAGCUUAUCUUUACUACUGUUAUUGUCAAGCAGUUGUUUUUGGUCAAUUUUAUAAACUGCUUUUGCCAUUUUGUGCAAUAUUUGGAGGAUCUUUUUUUUUUCUUCUCCUGCUCUUCCCCUCAUUUCAGCCUGGGGCAAACAGGGCACUUUGAUUUGGUGUGGAACAUGAGCCACUGUGCGUUUGUGAUGACACAGUGUGUAAAAAAAAAAGGUUUGACUGAAACUGAACUGUCCUUGGUUAACUGAGCUAAAGGCUGCUCUGUAGUCAAUAAGACCGCACCCAGGGGACAUUUCUGAAAACAAAUUUUUCAUUUGCCAAAAUAAAACAGAGAAUACUUCUU